AUGUCAUUGGAACCGGAUCUGACGAACACACGCACGACACGCCAUGGAGAUUGUUUCCUAUUAUGCACGUAUAAUGCCAGAACACUCUCCGCAGACGUCGAUCUUCACGCCCUUCUUGUAGCCGUAGAUCGCAUUGAAUUUCAUGUUAUCGCAUUACAAGAAACAAAAAUCAAGAAGACCGACAUACGCCAGCUAAACAACGGGAUCCUUGUGAUCCGUGGAGAAAAGGUCCCGUCACGAAAUGUCGGUGGCGUAGGCUUUGUCGUCCACCCGUCCAUUGUCCAUCUCGUCGACUCAUACGUGAUCCUUUCCCCUCGCAUAGCUGUCCUCCGUCUUCAACUGUCGCAUCAUAAGAAGAUCACUAUCAUCAACUGCUACUCACCGAUCGACGCAGCUGAUGAGUGCGAAUUAAAUAUGUUCUACUAUCAGUUGGAGGAAGUCAUCCGCAAUGAGAAAGCAUAUCAUAAAUUUGUUGUUGGAGUCGUUCAAAAACAACUUCAGGAGGAGAUUCGACGGAACAAUGAGCUGAAGAACGCUCAGAUCGAAAUGGAGAGAAGCCGAUGGGAUUCGAUUACAAUCUCAAGAAGCACACUGAAUUUCGUGGCAGUGUUUGCCUUGCUCAUCGCAUUUUAUUUAUAUCGAAUCUAG